AUGGACGCCGUCAAGCGAUUCUUCUCUUCCCCGCGCUUCGCCGUGGCGGGCGCCAGCAACGACCCGGCCAAGUUCGGUUUUAAGAUCCUCGCAUGGUAUCACCAACACUCGCUGCCGGUGACCCCAUUAAACCCGCGAGCACCGCAGAUCAACCUCCCCUCGCGUGCGUACGACACCGUCCCCUCGCCGAGUAAGCUGCCCUCGCCCACCCAGACCUCCUUGUCCGUGGUCACUCCUCCCCCGGUGACCCUCCAGGUGCUGCAAGAAGCGCAUUCGGUCGGGAUUCCCGCUGUCUGGCUGCAGCCCGGGACCUUCGACGACGCCGUGCUAGACUAUGCCCACGGACACUUUGAAGCGGUGAUUGCGGGUGAUGGUGGAGCUGGUGGCGAGGGAUGGUGCGUGCUGGUUGAUGGCGAUGAGGGACUAGAGGCCGCUGGAGUCCAGUGGACCAGUCAGCGACUGUGA